AAAAAACCAAGACAAGUUAGUGAUCGUAAACUAGAAAAAAUAAGUAUCGAUGACGGUAUACAUCGAUACAAUAAACAUGGCGCUCAUGAGAAAUUUGUUGUCAAAAUUAUCCUUAAUACAAAUCAGCCCUAAAUAUUUGCGGCCAAAUGGAAUUGUAAACAGUAUUCCUUCUUCAAGGUAUAUCCUACAAGUUGAAACUACUGAGAAAUGUGCAAUUCGCACGUUGCGAUCUGCGGCUUUCAAUAAUUACGAAGGAGUUAAAUUAAAUGCUGCACAACAAACUUCAGCAGAACCUCAACAGGAAGUGUUAGAGAAUCAGCAUGAUUUGGAGCUUGCAGUCACUAAAGAGACUAUUACUAAGGUCAACAAUCAGAUAGAAGAAAAUUCUCAUGGAAGACUUUUCGCAGUUAUUCAUUUUGCUGGUAAACAAAGACGGGUGACUGAUGGAGAUCUCAUAAUGGUCGAAGGGACACAUCCCACUAAUGUUGGAGAUGUAAUUCGUGCUGAAAAAGUUCUUCUUCUUGGCUCAAGAGAUUUUACCUUGUUGGGGCGACCUCUACUUCGCCCUGACUUGGUAAGAGUGGAGGCCACAGUUGUUGAAAAAUCCCUUACCCAUACCAAGACCAUUUUUAGGAAUAGAAGAAGAAAGAACUACAUGAGAAUCAACUUUUGCAGGAAUCACUUCUCCAUCUUGAGAAUUAACUGUGUUCGUCUCGAAGGACUGGUUGAUCAACGCCCUGAAGUCGAAGGCGUGGAAGGGAGAAUUUUUUAAAUGUGAAUAAAAAUUUAGCAGAACUUGCUGAAAACAAUACAUGCUAGUAAACAA